AUGUCGGCAAAAUCCACAGGUGCAGAUACAUCUUCCUCCGGAGCCGCCAGAAACCGUGAACACCAACAGGGAAAACAAGAUCGCGAAUACACAUCUAGUCAAAAAGCCGCUGUCGACCGAGUGCGAAAAUGUAAAUCGACAGCUUAUUACGAGAUUCUCAACAUAAAGGUGGAUGCCGAGGAUGGCGAGAUCAAAAAGGCCUACAAAAAACUUGCUUUGGUCAUGCACCCUGACAAGAAUGGUGCUCCCGGUGCAGACGAAGCAUUUAAAUUAAUCGCAAAAGCAUUCCAAGUCCUAUCCGAUCCACAGAAAAGAGCAACAUUCGAUAGAACAGGCGGCGACCCCGAAUCUAGGAACUUCGGAGGGGCUUCGGCUGGCGGCAAUGGUCCAUUCCCCGGGUUCCAGGCCAGACCCGGACGGCCCCAGUUUACGGAUGAGAUAUCGCCGGAGGAACUAUUUAACAUGUUCUUCGGCGGUGGAGGAGGCGCUUUCGGUGGGGGAGGAACAUUCUUCGACCUCGGUGGCGGCGGUCCGGGUAUUAGAAUACACCACUUCGGAGGGCCGAACCCUCGGAGACGGCCUAAUGGGAAUGCUGAGGCAGGUCCCGACGCCGAUAAUUCGAUAGGAUCUACGCUUAUCCGCUUAUUACCUUUAAUUCUGAUAUUCGCCUUCUCUUUAAUAUCGUCAAUACUUUCUGGCUUCGGUGGAACGACUGGUGGAACAGGUGCCGGUCAGUACCCUGGCCCCCAUUUCAAAUGGGCACCCGAUGCCCCGUAUACGCAGAAACGCUAUACGCCGACAUAUAAGGCCCCAUUUUAUGUUAAUCCUACUGAACUCGAAAAAAUACCCGCGGCAAAGCUCGUUAACGCUCUGAAAAGAAUGGAUAAUUAUGCGGAGUCGGUGUACAUCAAGGGAUUAAGGAUGAGGUGCGAUAAAGAAUACGAAAGGAGGGCAACAAAGAUCCAGGAGAGCCAAGGAUGGUUCCUUGUCGACCAGGAGAAGCUUAACGAAGCAAUGGCCGAACCGAUGAGGAGUUGUCAGAAGCUUACAAGUUAUGGCCUUGCACAUAGGUAG